AUGGUUCGACUGAGUGCGGUUCUAUUGAUGCUCGGAUUGGGAUGCUUGGAAUUUGGUUAUAUUGUAGCCGAAUGUGCUGGACCCACUAUGGGAAUAGAUAGUUUUCUGCAAUUGGAGGCGGUGCUGGUGAAGCACUUGGAGUCAUAUGUGGACAAGGUGCAGAAUGAGCAAGAGACGAUUUCAAGUUACUUGACCGACAUCGACAAUUUACACGAGCAUAUGAAUAGUCCGGAGGAGUACUAUGGUAAUCCAAUCAACGCGUUCUUGACCAUUAAUCGGUUCGCCAGCCUCUGGAAGCAUGAGAUAUUUGAUGUGUUGCUGGAAAACAAUACGCAUAGCGAAUAUAUAAGUGCGAUCGAUACCGAGAUGGAUAAAAAGAAACUUAGAGGACCCACGAAUGAGGAUCUCCUCAUCGCCGCUGGCAAUCUAUUGGAUAUGCAGGAGCUCACACGCAUUCCCACCUCUGAGCUAGCCAACGAAGUUGUGCUGAGGGAUUUCUAUACUGACAAGAAUGUGACUCUGAGCGCCAGCGAAUGCUACGAAAUCGGAAGCAGUUUUUAUGAACUGCAGAGCUAUGAAUAUGCAGCUCAGUGGCUACAGCAGGCGCGCAAGCGUGCAUCUCUGGAAACCUCGGCGAGUGCCAGUAAAAUACAUAUUCUGCAACACCUGGCUCUGGUAUACAAGAAGCUAAACAACACUAAGCUCGCUUAUAAGCUCACUAACGAAAUUCUAAAACUCGAACCGACCAAUCAGGAAGCCCUCAAUACUAAAACCUUGCUAGAAACGGAGCUGCUGCUCGAUCGCAUAAGGAUAUCAAAGGUAACGGUGGAUGAGGAAACGGAUGAGAAUCACUUAGAGCUUUAA